CCUAAGUCUAACGCAGAAAUAAAAGAAUUUGCAGAAAAAAAUUUCAACGCUGAAUUCCAGCUCUUCAGUAAAAUUAAAGUCAAUGGAUCAGAGGCUCUCCCUCUGUAUAAAUAUUUGAAAUCUCGUUUACCAGGGACAUUAGGAAAUUUUAUUAAAUGGAAUUUUAGUAAAUUUCUCUGCAAUAAAGAGGGCGUACCGGUUCAACGAUACUCACCAAGAACUGCGCCA